GCCCCGGCUCGCUGCGCGCUCGCCGCCGGCAUCAUGGCCUCUCGCAGCGCGGGCACCCUACUGACAGAGUUCAAUGCCGCCUACGUGCCCCCCGGCCUCAUGCCCGGGUACAAAGGCCACAUUCCUGGCGUGGCCUCCUCCUUCGGCUCCUCCUACGGCACUACCACCCUCAAGUACUUCCAGGACCAGCGCAACGCAGCCCUGGGGAGGAGCUCCACUACCUUCAGCAGAGGCGGCCACUUCCCGACCAUCUUCUCCCCGAACCCCACCCAAGUGCUGAGGGACCGCACCCUUACCCGAGACCGCUGGUUGCACACCCCCAGCUACACCCGCUUCAACCUGGAUAGCAGCCGCUGGGCUGAGCUCUUGCACUUCUACCAGAUGGCGCAGCGGCAUCGCGAGCACUAUCAAGACAAGACAGGCUUGGUGCACCGGGUCCCCUACUUCGUGCUGCCCGUGAGGGAGUCGGACCGGCACCCCAUCCCCACCGACCUGCCUCCUCUGAGCCCGAAGGAGAAGUGGCAUCUAUUAAGAGUGGCCCCUGAGAACCUGAGGACCUACCAGACAUUCCCAUCGGGGAAGAGGGUCUCCCCACAGGAGCGGCAGAGGCGGGACUGCUACUUUGAAUUCAGAGCGUGACGCCUGAGAGCUGCGGCCCUGACAAGGUUGGCUUUCUGGAAUAAAAUCUUUAGCCAUGA